AAAAUUCAACGCUUCUCCUUUCCCUCGUGUUGCAAACUUGCAAUAAACCCAGCAAGGUCUGCAUUUGUUCGUCCUUGACGGCGACGGUUAGCCGGAGAUUUCUACGUACUACGUUUCCGUGAUAGGUGUUUCAUUCAUCAGAUGGAAGUAGAAGGACAAGAAUUGAAGAAAAGGAAGCAACUUGGCGAAGAUUCAAUGCACACUUCUAGGGAUUAUUGGCGAUCUCGCAACGGACCUCGCAAGUUUUUCGACCGUUAUAGCGUACCUAAAGGUUGGUUAUAUUGCCCUCCAUAUGGUGAUAAUAUAGGUCUUAUUAUCCCAUCAAAAGUGCCUCUAAGUGAGUCAUUCAACAAGAACAUCCCUCCUGGAGAAAGUUACACCCCAAAAGAAGUAAUCGACAGGCAAAGAUGUUUAGGGAGAGAAAUAGGACUGGUGGUUGAUUUGACAAACACUGACCGUUACUACCCAGAAUCGGAUUGGACCAGUCACGGUAUUAGACAUGUUAAGAUUCGAUGCCCGGGGCAGGACUCUGUACCUGAUGCUGAGUCCGUAGAUAGAUUUAUUUCUGAGGUUGUGCAAUUGACAUCUCAAGAAUCUCAAGCAAGUAAGUAUGCUGUUGUCCACUGCACUCAUGGUCACAACCGAACAGGCUAUAUGAUUGUACAUUUUCUCGUACGUAAUCAGUCAGUUAGUGUUAGUGAGGCAAUAGCAACGUUUGCCCAAGCACGCCCUCCUGGAAUUUAUAGACGGAAGUAUGUUGAAGCGUUAUAUGACUUCUAUUUUCAAUCAAAGCCUGAGCUUCUUGUUUGUCCCGAAACUCCCGAAUGGAAGAGAGACUCUGAUCAAGAUAAUGAAGUUGUUGCUCCUUCUGGGAAUCUUGCAAGAACAGAUGCUGUGUCAGAUGCAGAUUUUAGGGGCGAAUGUAUCCCAUUCGCUGAGGUUCAGAGGAUGAGGAACUUCUGCUAUCUAGUGCUUAAUUUGCAUGUACAGGCCACGAGAAAUACCCAAAUUCCAGGAUCACACCCAGUCUCUCUCGACAGGGACAAAUUGCAUCUUCUAAGCCAGCAACUCUACCAUGUCACUUGGAGUGCUGGGGUGCCACGAUGCAUGAUGCUAAUAGACAAGGAGGAUUGUUAUUUGAUUGAUCCACAGUUCUAUUUCAGGAAGGUCCAGUUGCGAUUUCCUCGCAAACAUAUCUAUGAGGGUAGAGCUGACAUUACUCAUUGCUGCACGUUACUUGAUGGUGAAUUGAUUACUGAGACUGAGCCUGAGACACAAGUGAAGAAGACUAUUUACCUCAUCUAUGAUAUGAUGGCAUUUAAUGAAUCCUCUGUUACAGAGCUACCUUUCCAUCAUCGAUUAAGGCUAAUUGAAGAAGAGGUGAUCCGUCCCCGAAACUUUGAACGUGAUUUUUUAUCCACGUGUGUAAAUCCGUACCACCACUAUGGCCUGGAACCAUUUGAAGUGAGGAGGAAGGAUUUCUAUUUGCUAUCUGCAGCUUCUAUGCUCAUAAAAGAUACAAUGCCAAGUCUUCCACAUUCAUCUGAUGGGCUUAUCUUUCAGGCCUGGAAUGCAACUUAUGCGCCCCGGGAUCAUGAUGGACGUUUGAAAUGGAAAUAUCCUGGAACAAAUACUGUUGAUUUUCUAUUUGAGGUGGGAGUUGAUGGUAGUAGUUUGCUUUAUCUGCAAGAACACGGAAACAAGAAACUAAUUGAAGGUUGCAGAGUGAUGUUUAAAGAUGGAACUGAUUUAUCGUUGUACUCGGGUAGAAUAAUCGAGUGUUCCUGGAACUCUCAUGAAGAUGCUUGGAUCUUUGUGCAGAUCCAAACAGACAAAUCAAACCCAGAUUAUAUUAGUGUCUACGAGGAGGCAAAGCACAACAUAGAGGGCACUCUUACAGAGGAUACCUUGUUAGAUGAGAUAGAUAUAGUCGCAGGUCUACCUGUAUACUCUGACUGGGCAAAUCGUCACAGUGGAACUUUUAGAAAUGUCUGGAGAAGGCAGUGAGGAAUUUGCUGCGAUAUGUUUGUUCCCCAAUACAUCUUCUCUUUUUCAGCAUUGAGGGUUGGAGUUGAGAGACGGAGGAGGAGGUUAUAGUCUAGUUAAAAAUGACUGCAGGUUCUUUGUAGUCGUUAUUCAUCAUUCAGGCUUAUUUUUCUUGUCAAAUUCUGAUUUGCCAAGUUGAAAGAGUGACAAUAUAGGGAUCUUAUCUCUGCCCCCAUUGAGGGAUUGAGUUGAGAGGCAAAGGAGGAGGUUAUAGUCUAAUUAAAAAUGACUGCAGGUUCUUUGCAGUCGUCAUUCAUCAUUCAGGGGUACAAGUAUUGGGCAUUAAAUUUUUGUUUGCUCAGUCCAUCAGAGCUCUGGGAAUGUCAAGGAAAAUAUCAAAUAAGAGGUCUAAGUGGUGAUUGGAAAAAUUUCUAGGAAAGGUAAGCGCGAAAUAGUAAUAUGUUCUCAUUGUUCUUUUCUUUCAAAUUUAUUGUUCAAAGUAGAGCCUUGUUGUGAUUUCGUGUAUCUACUGUAAGAUGUGGUAAAUGGACAUAUG